AUGAAACUCCCACCCCACCUCCUCCUCACCCUCCUCUCCAUCCUCCCAGCCCACGCCCAAAACACAACAUGCUACUUCCUCGACGGUAGCGUCGCAACCGCAGACGUGCCCUGCACCUCCGACGCCACCACCAACUGCUGCAACAAGGCCGACAUCUGCAUGUCCAACGGCCUCUGCUACUUGCAGGGGUCCCACGGCAUGGUGCUCUCCCGGGGAAGCUGUACGGAUAAAUCGUGGGGGGCGCGGUGUUUUGCGCCGUGUUCAAGCACAAAGCGCAACAACGGCUUCCCGGUUGUCAACGUCGGCUUCUCCGGCUCUGAUUCCCAGUACUGCUGUGGUUCUGUGACGGUCAAAGACGGCAAGACGACCUGUUCCUCCGAGGGCGACCCCUUCACGAUCACCAUGGGCACGGCCAUUCCCGGCGUGGCGGCGCUGGCGGUGAAUAACAGCGACUCCGGGUCGGGGUCGGGGUCGGGGUCCUCAGACGACGACACGAAUUCCUCCACCUGCGACGACCAGCGGCUGAAGGAGAAGGCGUUGGAUAACCAUGACGUGGCGAUUGGGGUCGGGGUCGGCGUGCCAUUGGGGCUGAUUGCGGUGGCGGCGGUUGCGUGGG